AUGGAUGAACUGCUGCCUUACUUUUAUAACGCCUGCAUAGAGGUCCUGGACGUAGUGGCCCCAUUCAAACAGACACGCACCAAACCAACCAGGCAGCUGAACGACAACACCCGCGAGCUCAGACGUUUUGGGCAGUGGUAUGGAUUUUUUUCUGAAGAAACAUCCCAUAGUAUACAUUCACCUUGUACGACGUCUACGGGAAAUUAUUUCCUUCCCGGUCCGUCGUCCCCCUCGCACCCCCCACUCCUUGCUCCCCGGCUCCCACCGCCCUCCACUCGGCUACGCAGUGUAAACCCAGUGUUCCAGCGGAAUGUUGGACUCCCUGACCUCCAUUGCAGUUCACUGGGUUCAGCCUGGCCGGGCUGUGCUCCGGCAUCAGCACUGGGUCCGACGGCACCUCCGCUGGCAGCGCGCCCAGACACGCCCCUGCUCAAGCUGAGCGCAGCACGCCCACGCAGCGACAAGGCUGCAGGCAAUCUCGGAUCAGCGCACCUGGACCUAAUGAGAGGGAGCGACAUAAAGACCAGCGGACCCAAGGAACCUUUGCCAAAACAUCGCUCAUCUGCCCAUGUCUUCCCUGUCAUAUGUGAUCGUGUUUUGCCUCACGACGUCCAUCCGGAUCUCUGACUGCCUUCCUUGAUCCUCGACCCCUGCUCGGACACGGACUACGCUGCCACUUUCCUACCCUCGACUGCUUACCUUCUUACGGACUGCCUCACCGCCUUGGCCCCUUGACUCGACGAAAGAUCCAUCCAACACUCACAGACAACAAACUCUGGUAAUACUUACAUGGUUAAUUCUACACAUCGUCUACACCCAUUCACUUAGAGUAGCAUACACACGCCACUCACUCAUCAAAGGUUUCAAUAAACCUUGUUCAGCCUUGGUUGUCGCCUCCUUCCCUUCUCAGUACACAACAGUACGUUCUGGCCAAAACAUGUCGGAACCAGGCGUCACCGGCAAGCCCCAGUCCCGGUCCCCCAGAACAUCUGACCUGGCUAUCCUUAGCUCCGUCGUGAGUGAACACCAGGUUCGUCGCUGUCUUUGCCAGCAAGUCUUCAAUAAGAGUAAAAGUAAUGUUAGAUGUUUGUUUAUCCAUUUCAUUCCUCAUUUGUAUGUAUUUUACAUUUUCUGCAUGUAAAUCUUAAAAACCUAAUGUCUUUUGCGUGUCUGGAUUUAAUUGGAUUUUAAUACAUUUUUAAGGGAGACAUUUACUUCAGUUUUAGUACCGAGGUACCACUGUAACUGAACUUUUUCCAAAUCAUUGAAUGAUGUGCAAUUUAUGAAAUAGCAAGUACUAUUAGUGGGCGUGUUGUGUGUGAUCUACCAACACUGUGUGUGCAAUUGAAAAGUAGUGCAGACCACCUUAUAUAAAUUGGGAUUUUGCGUGUACUCUUUUACUCAUUUAUGUUGUCAUAUUCCUUCCUACCUGUUGUGUUUUGCCAUGUUUUCAAACAAGCAGGAGACAUCUACCACUUGUUAUGGGCAUUUUAGAAGCAGCCCUGCAGUAUAUCUACAGUGAAGCCACUUCUUUUUUUUACUGCCAAAGGUGUGCUCUUUGGUGAGAGGCUGGACUUACUCUGCUCACGACGCAAAAUAAUGUAUACGUAAUAAAGUGUUUUUCAUAUGAAAAAAUAUUUUAAUAAUAUAUAUUCUAUGUGAAAAAAACUAACGUCAACAAAAAAACGCAUCGAUUGAAUUUGUUUUAAUCAGCCCUCAAGUCUUCUAGAAGCUAUGGAAUUAUAAAAUGAUGUUGAUGAAUAGCCCAUAUGUCAAUUUUUUUUUUUUCUGACCGUCCAAAAUGUGAACAGACUAACAUUCUCGUCUGUUUGUGCAGUCGUCUGUGGAACUGUUAGUUUGCACCUGCUUCUGACUUGUGCUAAAUAAAACGCAAAAUAGUGCUCGUUAAACGGCAAAGAGUGUUGACAAAUCACAUUGUGCGUGCUAAAUAUUUAU